UCAGGGCUGCAGUGGAUGACACAAAUCACUGCACUCUUCGCCUUGGGUCAGCCUUGAAAACACCGGCAAUAGACUCCUUAAAACCCUUCAACAUGCGGCAUUGAGCCACCGCACCCCAAGAACCUUUUGCGGCGAAGUGCGGGCAUCAUGAGCGUGAAGCAACCCGACCAAGAGGGGCAGGAUGGCUCGCCUAGGCUCAUUGAACCAAGGCCAAAUAUUCCCACUAAUUUGCACGUGGUGGCGGACAGCAUGCCGUCCGAUCAAGACAAGCCUGUGUUUUCGGAAUCUAUGCUAGGUGAACUCCCAAUUCCCUUGUCGGAGACGACCGGGGAACCACAGACACAAAGCCAGCCUAAUGGGUUUGGGGAGCCCCGUGCAUCAUGUCAACUGGAAGAUGAUCACAACAGUGGGCAGAGAACUGCGCAGCAUGAGAUUGGAGCUGAGGGGGAUUCAGGUCUCCGCCCGCAAAGCCAGGCAACCAGUGAAACCUGUAACUUGUUUUCGAACAAUAUCGCGGAUUCAUCGCCCCAGAGAACUAUUGAACUUCAGUCCAACAAUCCUUUCAAAGCCAGGUUAGAGCGCCGCUAUAAUAAUGCUAUAUUGGACUCAAACAGCCAUGAUGGCCGGUCGCAUCCUCCGCAAUCUCCUAAAGUGGAUAGAUCAAUGUCACCACCCUCUCUAGCACGAAAUGCUGCUGACGCUAUAUUUGUGGACCAUGCGGAUAUAAUCGCUUCUGGCCACGAGGCCACGAUGAAGCCGGGUACCGAGAACAAGGGCCACUCCGAAAUACAAAACGUAAAUGCCGCUUCUGGGUCAAAUGAUCCUCUAAUUCCUACCGACAAUACUCGUCCCACCCCGCCGCUACUGUCACCAAAUCUCAUUGAACUUGACGAAACCGAAGAGAGGGAAGCGCCUCAUUCUUCCGCUUCGUACCAACCACCAUCAGACAAGCAACGGGCACCUUCCCUUUUAGAACCUCCUAAGUCGGCUCAUGUUGCAGAAGAACAGCCGACGUUGCAGGAUACACCAAGUGAAACUCAAGGACCGCAACCCCCGGCACAACCUUCGGAUAUAUAUGGAAUUCGGACAGUUAAUUGGACAGAUGGAGUCCACAAAACAUUACGUCGGUCUCCUGUUCUGGUGCAGAAUGAAAACGGGCCCUGUCCACUUCUGGCACUUGUUAACAGCCUUGUCAUGCGGACUCCACCUGAUAUUCAAUCUCCCCUUAUAAAAGCAUUGCGUUCUCGAGAAAGAAUAUCUUUGGGGUUAUUGAUACAGACUUUAUUCGAUGAGCUUACGACAUAUGUAAAUGAAGAGCACCAACUCCCUGAUAUUGAAGAUCUUAGCAAUUUCCUUACCAUGCUUCACACAGGAAUGAAUGUCAAUCCGCGUCUAACUCCAAACGUAAAUCCUGACCAGCCAGGAAUGUUCCAUCAAACACGCGAUAUAAAGCUGUAUAGUGCUUUUAGCCUUCCGUUGGUACACGGGUGGCUUGCUUCUCCGGCUUCAGAAGCCCACAAAGCAAUGCUUCGGACAGCGGAGUAUCAUGAUGACAUUCAGCUACUACACUUUCGCAAGGAGGAAUUAGAGGAAAGGGUUUUGUCAGGCGGUACGCUUACUGCUGAGGAAGAGCAACUGAUCAAGGAUAUUGAUCAUAUACAACAUUUUGUCAAUGUGGAAAAUGCUACCCAAUUGAGCCCUUUCGGUCUUGGACAUUUGAAUCGUUCCCUUGCACCUGGGACUAUUUGUAUCCUUUUCCGGAAUGAUCACUUUUCUACAUUAUUUAAACACCCACACUCACAACAACUUUUCACCCUGGUAACUGAUGCCGGCUAUGCUGGUCAUGCAGAAGUUGUGUGGGAAAGUCUUGUGGAUGUUAAUGGAAGCGGAUCCGAAUUGUUUUCUGGGGAUUUUCGUCCCGUCGGAGCUGCACCAUCCUCUCCUGCACAGCGACGUAAAGACCAGUCCAUGGAGCACAGUCAAAACCAAAAAAUGAACCCAGGCCAACAUAACGAGCAAACAGACGCGGACUAUGCGUACGCAUUAGCCCUUCAAUUCCAAGAUGAAGAGGAGCAACGUGCGCAACGUGCACGAGCAGAACGCAACUCAAGCCGUCCCGAAUCUCAAUCAUCCUGGCAACCGGUCUCACGCAGACAACAUGCUCGACCUACAAGUACUAACACCCCCCAAGACCAUCGACACGUAACUGGCCAUCGCCAGCCUCGUCAGACUCAAAUUAUUCGCCCACUUGUCCCUCCAGCACCGGAGACGCCCAUUCGGCAAACCGUCUCUGCUGACGACCCGAAUGCACCACCACCAACCUAUGAACAAGCCGCACGGACACCACCAUACAACCCACAAGACCAUAGUGCUUCUCAAUACGACGGACAAAAUGGUAUUGCCGGACCUAGCUCUUCAAGCUACCACUACGGAUCUGGCCGAACUCCAUAUAUGAACCAUCCAUCUGCCAGAAGGCGGGUGCCCAUGCCAACAUCGGCUUCAACGCUAGGUGAACGGCCAAGAGAGAGAGAGAGGAGCAAAGAUUGCGUUGUCAUGUAAUUUUAACAGCCGGGUCGACUGCAAUUGUCCUUUUCUCUGUGACAGAGCAAAUUUCUACCGUCUAGUGGCGAGCGGACCUAUCCGUCAUCUCGUAUUAGAGCAAUAAUCUGGUUCAAGCCUGCCUUUCUCGACAUGGUAGCGAUUUUGAGUUGUCCCUAUCCGACGAUGAUACUAUCCGCAUGUACAUACAAACCCCCUGUUAUUAUUCUUUUUUGUGCCAGUUCUUUUGAUGACACUAUGUGCUGCCAGCAAUCUCAGCACGGUCCGGACCUGAGCCCAUGGUUUUAUGUGAAUAUUUAUACCCGUUCCGACGAAUGAAAUUAUAUGUAUUUCUGAC